UAAAGCGAUCAUGUGAAACCUCCCACCUCCUCAGGGCUAUCCUGCUGUGAGGAAACACGGCUUCACUGCAGCCGCACCAGGAAGUCAUUCAGGCUGCUGGAGGCUUCAUACGUGAAGACCAACUGCACGUUUGCGCAUUUAAUGGCUGCGUCUCGUCCUCCUCUGCGCAUUUUCACGCUGUUUACACCUCAGACUGCGCGUUAUGGGGCCCAAACGUCGAUGAAUGAAUCGCAGCACUGCUGAUGUUACUGGAUGAGUCUGGGGUGACCUUCUCAGUCUGAGAUGCUUUCUUAGUGCAAUAACAUGUCGUACUGGAAUGUUGGAGACGCUGAGGACUCUGAGGUGCAGCCUGCUUGCAGCACUGCGGAGCAAGAUGGCGGGACGGAGAUGGGAGCCAAGCAGUCGGCGGGUGGCAGCGCCCCCCUGGGCCAGUCGCCCACCCUGGAGAACAUCCGGGCGGCCUACGGGGAUGGCACGGGCUGCCGGGCACACGAGCUGAUCCGUAUCGCCUGCCUGGAGAAUGACACAGGCCGGCCACACGGGUUGGAGCUGCUGUGUGUGGCCAGUCAGCAUGGCGACCUGGAGAGUGUCCGGUUCCUGCUGAAGGACGCACGGGUUCAGUUCCCUCAGGAGCCUAAUGAAGGGAAUCCGGGAAUCUUGGCUGCACAUUAUGGCCAGCACACAGUGAUCCAGGAGCUGCUGGACUCCAUUCCACGUCCCUGUAUCCGUAAAGAUCUCUUGAACUGGAUGCUGGCUACGGCGUGUCAGCAGGGCCAUUUAGAGGUGGUGAAGCUGCUGGUUCUCGGUUACCAGGCCGAUGCAGAAGACUGUGCCAUACACAGCAAUGAGUUUGCAGUCAUCACUGGCCUGCCGCUGUACGCUGCUGCCAGAGCAGGGAAUAAGGAGAUAGCCGAGUUUCUGCUGGAGAAUGGCGCUGGCUUCUCUUCAUACACAUUAAUGGACCAUGGUGAGUUCAGCCGGCAGCUGCUGAGACAGCGCCUCCUGGAGGAGAAGGACGCACGGUGCGAUGGGAGUACGCAGCCGGCUCUGAGAGUGCAGUGGUCGGGACUGAAGCUGCAGUGGCUGGACCUGGACUGGUUCCUAGACGUGUCCUCCAGAAUCACAGUGCUGGAUCUAUCCCAUAAUAAUCUGAACUCCCUGCCCUCUGUGGUACCUUGGGGUCUCAUCCACCUGCACACACUCAACUUGUCCUACAACCAGUUCAAAGAGCUGCCCACUCCUCAAUCAUCACAAGAGAUCAUCUGCAGCAGAUUAAGCCAGGUCAAUCUGAGUGAGAAUGAGCUGGAGAGCCUCCCGGUUGGCCUGCUGCAUCUCAGCCAGAUCCAGCGGCUCUCCGCAGCCAAGAACAAACUCAGCGUCCUCUUCAACAUCCCCAAUGGCACUAACUGGAUCGGACUGCGCAGACUUCAGGAGCUGGACGUGUCUGAUAACUGUCUGACUGAUCUCCCCUCCUCUGUGCUGCACUGCUUUAAAACCCUCAGCAGCCUCAACAUCAGCAGGAACAGACUCGGCCACUUCCCAGACCCCUGGGCCUGCCCUCUGAAAAUCUGCAAAGCUGCAUACAAUCACAUCGAGAGCCUCCCCGACACCAUCUCCAUCUUCUGGAGGACCCAUCUGAAAGAGGUGGACUUCUCUGAGAAUGUCCUGAAGGAACUGCCCUCCUAUAUAUUCGAGCUUGAGGCCCUCAUCUCCCUGAAGCUGUGCGGCAAUCGAAUCACGACUCUGCCUGCGCCCAACAAAUGGAAAUGCUCUCAACUCCGAACGCUAGACCUGUCCAGGAACCAGCUGGGGAAGACGGAGGAAAACACCAAGACCAGAAAACUCGCCUUUUUAACCACAUGGCAUCGCAGAGACCCAGAAGCAGCCUGUCCCAUCCAGUUUCCUGAAAUCUUGCGGGAUUCACUGGAAGUGCUCUUCCUGAACGACAACCAGCUGGAGUGUGUGCCUCUGUCCGUUUGCGCCCUCAAAAACCUCUCCGAACUCUAUCUGUCCAAUAAUCCAGGCAUCCAAGAUCUUCCUGCUGAGCUUGGCCAGCUCUCCAACCUCUGGCAGCUGGACAUCGAGGAGCUGAACAUCACCAACGUCCCUGCAGACGUCCGCAAGGAUGGGCCGGCAGCAGUGUUGGCGUUUCUGCGUGCCGAGCUGCGGCGGGCGGAGGCGUGCAGGCUGCUGAAGCUGAUGGUGGUGGGGCCACCGCGGCAGGGCAAGAGCGCUCUGCUGGAGGGCCUUCAGACCGGAAAAUCCUCUUCAUUCCUGUCCUCAGAGCGCAGCGUUCGCACAUCCACCUGGGAGCUGGAGCGGCCCAGCGGGGUCAAAACCGGCGUCGAGUCUGUGUCCUUCAACGUGUGGGACAUUGGAGGUCCGGCCAGCAUGUCCACUGUAAACCAGUGUUUCUUCACGGAUAAGGCUUUGUAUGUGGUCAUCUGGAACCUGGCGCUGGGAGAAGAGGCUGUAGCCAACCUACAGUCCUGGCUGCUCAACAUAGAGGCACGUGCCCCUAACUCCGCGGUGGUGGUGGUUGGGACUCAUCUGGACCUCAUUGACACUAAGUUCCGCACGGAACGGAUCGCCACACUAAGGGCCUACAUCCUGGCACUCUGCAGGACACCCUCGGGUGCCAGAGCCAGCGGCUACCCCGACAUCACCUGGAAGCACCUGCAUGAGGUGUCGUGUAAGUCAUUGGAAGGCAUGGACGGUCUCAGGAGGCUGUUGUAUCAGGUGGCCUGCUCCAUGAAGGACAUCAGUAACCCAGCCAGCUGCCACAGACUGGUGGGAAGACUGAUCCCCAAAAGCUACCUGAUGCUGCAGGAGGCGGUGCUGGCAGAGCGUCAGAGGAGAGAUGCAGUGGAUGAGGUUCAGUAUUUGACCGACCUGGAGCUGGAGCAGAUCAUUGAGAGUCCUGGCAGCGAUAUCAAAGACUACGAGGACCUACAGACUGCAAUCAGUUUCCUAAUUGAGACGGGCACCAUGCUGCACUUCCCUGACACCAGUCACGGCCUGUGCAAACUCUACUUCCUGGACGCCGUGUGGCUGUCUGAGUGUUUGGAGCGAAUCAUCCACCUGAAGAGCUCACGCUCUGUAGCUCGGAAUGGCGUGAUCCGGGCGGAGGACCUGCGCAUGCUGCUGGUCGGCACAGGAUUCACCCAGCAGACGGAGGAGCAGUACUUCCAGUUCCUCGCCAAGUUUGAGAUUGCUCUCCCUGUGGCCAGCAACAGUUAUCUCCUGCCACACCUGUUGCCUCCAAAACCCGCCAUGGAUAUCCACGGCUUCCGCCAGCAGAGCAGCAACACCAUCCAGCGCCAUUUUAAGAUGAGUUUUGUGCCGGCGGGUUUCUGGGAACGCUUCAUCGCUCGCAUGCUGAUCAGCCUGAACCAGAUGGACGUGCAGGCAUUUGAGUCUAAGCGAGGUUCGCGGAGCCCCCGCAACAGGAGUACGAUCAUUUACAGCUUUGCGGGGAGCCAGCAGAGAAAUCGCUGCAGCACAUUUCGAGUGCGCCGAAGCCAGACCAUCUACUGGAAGGAGGGACUGCUGGUCACCUUUGAUGGGGGCUAUUUGAGUGUGGAGUCAUCAGACCUGAACUGGAAGAAAAAGAAGAGUGGUGGCAUCAAGAUCAUCUGUCAGUCAGCAAUGAGAGACUUCUCAGCCAUGGCCUUCAUCACUGACCACGUCAAUGCACUUAUCGAGCAGUGGUUUCCAGCGCUGACAGCCAGUGAAAGUGAUGGAUCUCUGCUGAUUGAGCAGUAUGCACCCUGUCCUUACUGCAGCACGGUCUCCAGGCACACUGACCCCCUGCCCCCCACCAACUCCAACCAGACCACUGUCCACUACUUCAACAUGGAGGACUGUGUGCUGGCAGCUGCCGAAAAAGAGUACAUCACCUGCCCCAAUCACCCCAAAGAGCCCGUAGCCUUGCAGGAGCUGGUGCCAGAGCUUUUCAUGACUGACUUUCCCUCACGGUUGUUUUUGGUGAAGAGUGACCUGGAGUGCAGUGAGCAGGAGCGAGAUAUCCUGGGCCAGGGAGGCAGUGGCACCAUCAUUUACAGAGCCAAGUACAGAGGCCAGUCUGUGGCCAUCAAACGCUUCCACUUUAAAAAAUGCAGACAGCAGUCCCUCAACAGCACUACAGACACCAUGCUGAAGCACCUGCAGUCCAUGGACAUUACCAGAAGCUUCUCUGAGUUCCGGCAGGAGGCCAGCAUGCUACACACUCUCCAACACCCCUGUGUCGUGGCCCUGGUGGGCAUCAGUAUCCACCCACUCUGCUUCGCCCUGGAGCUGGCGCCGCUCGGCAGCCUCAACACCGUGCUGGAGGAACACAGCAAAGGCUCCCACUUCUUGCCGCUUGGCCACAUGCUGACCUUCAAAGCAGCCUAUCAGAUUGCAACUGGCCUGGCUUACCUGCACAGGAAGAACAUCAUCUUCUGUGAUCUGAAGUCCGACAACAUCCUGGUGUGGUCCCUGGAGGUGGAGGACUCCGUCAACAUCAAGCUAUCUGACUACGGCAUCUCCCGCCAGUCAUUCCACGAGGGAGCUCUGGGUGUGGAGGGAACACCAGGAUACCAGGCACCCGAGAUCCGCCCCGGCAUCGUCUACGACGAGAAGGUGGAUAUGUUUUCCUAUGGGAUGGUCCUGUAUGAGCUGUUGUCUGGCCGCAGGCCAGCUCUGGGUCAUCACCAGCUGCAGAUCGCUAAGAAGCUCUCUAAAGGAGUGCGACCUGUUCUGGGGAACCCAGAGGAGGUGCAGUUCCACUGCCUGCAGGUUCUAAUGCAGGAGUGCUGGGACACCAAACCAGAGAAGCGUCCGCUGGCCCUGCCGCUCCUGAGGCAGAUGCAGGACCCUACUUUCCCCUGUCUUAGGUACCUGCUGCCCUGCCAACAGCACAGCCAGCUCUUCCUCUCGCCCCUGCAGGGCUGCAGCGCUGUCUUCUGGGAUGGAGACAAGGAUGAUAGGAACUACACGGUGGUAAACGUGGCCAAAGGCCAGGUGGAGGUGAAGCGAAUGCCAUGCCCAGGAACACAGCUCACCUGCCAGCUCAAGAUGGACAACACCCUGUGGACUGCCACUGAGGAGCAGGAGAUCUUUAUCUACAGCCUGAAAGAGAUGUGUCCCCUGAGCCACCCGCAGAAACUGCUCUCUUGUCCGGCUGUGGUCACCUGCCUCACGCUGCUGCCAGCCAGAACAGAGACACUUCCGAAGGUUUUUGCUGGCAUGGCAGACGGCCUGGUGGCUGUGUACACUCUGGUAGACGACAUGCCGGUGGAAGGAGAAGCCUACGUCUGCUCGCACACUCUGAACAAGUCCCUGUUUGGGUUGGAGGACUUGGACCCCCGGCAGAGACCGUAUCCCAUCCACGGCAUUGUGCCCGUGCGGACCGGUUCGGAAAUGUGGUACACUAAUGGCCCAGGUGUGCUUGUGAUUGACAGCCAUUCCUUGCAACCCAUUCGCCGUCUGGAUCCAUAUCUCCCGCCCUCCAGUGUAAUCUCCAUGGCGUCCAGCUCUAGUUUCCGUGGAGACGAGGCCGUCUGGUGCCUGGACGAUCACACCAACACCUUGCUGAUGUACCAUGCUGCCAGCUACCAGCUUUGUGCCAGCUACAACUGCGGGGACGUGCACCCACUACGGGACGUUUUCCCCAUCCAGAUUCCAUCCAGGGUUGUUAUAGGAGGUGGUUUAGGUGCUGAUGUUCCUCCAGAGCAAGAGGAACCAGUCCCACCUGAUCCAGAGCCUGUAACAGUGACCGUCAUCCACAGCAAAGAAGCUGGCACUCAGAUCCUCAGGCAGCAGGACUCUCUGGACUAUUGCUCUAUCAGCUCCUCAGGCUUUAGCUCAGAGCAGUUGGACCAGCUGGCCCUGAGCCACAUCGAUGCUUCCAGCUCAGGUGCCCUCAGCUCUCUGGCCAGCUCCAGCAGCAUGCCUUUCUCCACAGACUGCGAGGACGCAGAUCGGGCUCAGGAUGAGCAGGUUUCAUCUGAACCUUCACCUCCAGCGAGCGCAGAGCCAGCUCCACAGAGCCGCACUCUACCCUACCUCCAGGCCCUUAAUGUGGUGCCAGUCAGCGGCACAAUAUGGGUCCCCAGGCGUGGAGGGGAUAUAAUGGUGAUUGAGGUACAGGAACAGUCAGGGCUGCUAAGAGGGCGGGUGAUCGCUGUGCUGACCGUUCCAGGAGUUCAACAGUAUGGCACUCUGGUCGAAGCUGCGCUGGUUGCAAAGGACACUGUUGUGUGCGGCUUUCGUAACGAAAACAUGGCCUGGUGCCUGGCUGUCUGGAGGGGCUGGGGAGGCCGCGAGCUGGAGCUGUUCUACCAGAGCUACGAGGAACUGGGCCGCUUAGAGACCAGCAUGAGGAAAAGAAGGUAGCUGUGUGUGGGUGUGGGUGCGUGUGUGUGCGCCCCCUGAGCAGAAUCGCAGCACUGUGUGGCUGAGGAUGACUUGAGGGAAUACACACACACACACACACACACACAGGUAUAGGUAAAGGAAAUGUAUGGAACGUGUAUAUGAGUAGGCUUUAGUUUCAGGUAAUACACAUACAUAGAAGCUUCGGAAUGAAGGAUUUUACUCACUGACCUGAAGUUGGAGGCCUCAGAAUGUAAACACGGAUGCACACUUGCCACAUACACUCUCUGCCCUCACAUAUGGGCAGUUUGUACACACACACUCCAUUAUAUUUUCUGACAUCAGCACUGCAUUCAUGAAACUAGAUUUGCAUUUCCUGAAGUUUCCGGAAUACAGUGCAAGGCAAGAAAAUAUCAUAAUUUUUCUAAGGAAUGAGUCGCAGAAUUCAAGUGAAAUAAAAAUGGAAAAGAAAGCAACAAAAGAAAAAAGGAUGAGAAUAUAAGGAAGGAGGGGAAGAAAGGAAGAAGAAAAAGGUGGAAGGAAGGAAGAAAAGAAAGAAAG